GGCAGAGCCUGAGCCUGGUUCCUGCCUUCCCCAGCUUAGAAGCAACAGGCAGUCAUGGGCCAGGACCCCAGGCAUGGCCUGAAGCCCUGAAGAGCGGCUGCUGUGACUCUGGUCCUCAGAGGAAGGCCCUGCUAGCAAGCACCAUCUGUUCCUAAGAGCCAUGACAGUGACUGCAGCUCCAACCUAACUCUGGCCACUCCUCCACACAGGCAUGCUGACUGCAGCUUCAGGCCAUCCGUAUGCCAAGGCCCAUGAUGACACCCAACAAUACUGGGGAGGUGGCCAGCUCCAUUCCCAAGGGGGUACUGGGGAUUUCCCUGGCCCUAUCAAGUCUGAUCGUUGUCGCCAACCUGCUCCUGGCCCUAGGCAUCGCCCUGGACCGCCACCUGCGCAGCCCACCUGCUGGCUGCUUCUUCCUAAGCCUGUUACUGGCCGGGCUACUUACGGGGCUGGCACUACCCAUGCUCCCUGGGCUGUGGAGCAGGAGCCACCGGGGCUACUGGUCCUGUCUCUUUCUCCACUUGGCCCCCAACUUCUCUUUCCUCUCCCUGCUUGCCAACCUGCUGCUCGUGCACGGGGAGCGAUAUGUGGCAGUGUUGCAGCCACUGCGGCCCCAUGGGAGUUUGCGGCUAGCCCUGCUCCUCACCUGGGCCAGCCCCCUGCUCUUUGCCAGCCUGCCUGCUCUGGGCUGGAACCAUUGGAGUCCUGGUGCCAACUGCAGCUCCCAAGCUGUCUUCCCAGCCCCCUACCUCUACCUCGAAGUCUACGGGCUCCUUUUGCCUGCUGUGGGAGCUGCUGCCCUUCUGUCUGUCCGAGUGUUGGCUACUGCCCACCGCCAGCUGCAGGAGAUCUGCCGACUGGAGCGGGCAGUGUGCCGUGAUACUCCUUCAACCCUGGCCAGGACUCUCACCUGGAGGCAGGCUAGGGCGCAGGCAGGAGCCACGCUGCUCUUCUUGCUGUGUUGGGGACCCUAUGUGGCCACACUGCUCCUGUCAGUGCUGGCCUAUGAGCGGCGCCCACCACUAGGGCCAGGAACUCUGUUAUCUCUCAUCUCACUGGGCAGCGCCAGUGCGGCAGCUGUGCCUGUGGCCAUGGGUCUGGGCGAUCAGCGCUACACAGCCCCAUGGAGGGCAGCUGCCCAAAGGUGGCUGCGAGCUCUUCGAGGAAGGGCCAAGAGGGACAGUCCAGGCCCCGGCACCACUGCCUACCACCCCAGCAGCCAAAGCAGCAUGGACCUGAACUUGAACUAGGGAAGCCUCCCAGGAGCAUUCAUCCAUCUCUUAUGCCCUACUUCUCUGGGUUGGAGCCCUUGCUCCAUGAGACCUCACCCUGACCAAAUAAAUCUCUGG